GAAAGUGGUGACGUGGUGAAGUCGGUUAGCAAAUUCAAGCGACACAGCGACGAGUAGAUGGAAAAUACGAGGGUUGCCGUCUGACCGAGCGGUUUAAAACAGUCCGAAUUUGACGGAGGAUGGAUGUUAGUUGUGUUUCUGUUGGUUGGAGCUGAAGAGUGAAGUCUACAGGCAGCUGGACAGCGAUGAGACAGCUGCGUCCUGCAUGUGAAGACUGUUCAGCAUUAAGCGCAUCGUAAAGCACGCUGAGCCACAGGAGGCGGCUGGAAGGAACUGCUUCGCACGCCGUCCGGGAUGUUUGCGAAGCUGAAGAAGAAGAUAGCGGAGGAAGCGGCUACGGGCCCUCGCUCCGGCCGCAUGCCCCGCUCCAUGAGCAAGGAGUCCAUCACGUCUGUGGGAGCGGACUCCGGGGACGACUUUGCGUCGGACGGCAGCAGCUCCAGAGACGACCUCUCCUCUCAGAUUCUGCGCAGGAACGAUCAGAUCCGAAAGCUGGAGGCCAAACUCUCAGACUACGCUGAACAGCUUCGGCUAAUGCAGAAGACCAAGGACAAGCUUGAGAUUGCAUUAGAGAAGCAUCAGGAUUCAUCUAUGCGGAAGUUGCAGGAGCAGAAUGAGUCCUUCCAGGCCAACAGAGCCAAGAUGGCAGAGGGCAUGGCUUUAGCGCUGGAGAAGAAAGAUCAGGAGUGGACGGAGAAGAUGGCAGCUUUAGAGCAGGAGAAAGCCUCAUUAGAAGCUCGUCUGGACCAGAGUCUGAGUCUGUUCCAGAAGAGGGAUGAACAGGAUGAGCUUGAAGGUUUCCAGAUGCAGGAACUGGCCAAAGUCAAACACAUGCUGCUGAGGAAGGAGGAACAGUUGAGUCUACGUGAGCGUGAGCUGAAGCAGAGAGGAGAGGAGCUCAACACGGCCCGUCUGACGCUGACUCAAACCCAGGACAAACUCUACGAGCUGGGAGAGGAGCACGAAGAAAUGUGCAGAAUCAACUCUCAGCUACGGGCUCAGAGAGACGAGUUGCUGAGUGAGAGGGAGGAGGUGGAGAAGAAGAUGUCCGACUUGGAGGCCCGAGAGCAGGAACUUCAGCAGCUCAUCCAGCAGGUGUCUGAGGACUUCCAGAAGGCUCAGAAUGAUGCGAGAUCUUUACAGAAGUCGUUGGAAUCUCUACAGGCUGAACACGGUGAACUAAAACUCCAGCAUGAACAGCAUAAAAACAAGGCGGCGGUGACGGAGGAAGAGCGAGAGCGGAUAUUGGCUGGUCUGCAAGAGAAAGCUCUCUCUCUGGAGCGGAGGCUGGAGGCCAACCUGUCUCAGGAUGAACAUCUGCAGGAGCUGCUCAAGGAGAAAUCUGCACUGGAGCAGAGGUUAGAGGAGGCGAGGAGUGAGCUACUGGAGGAGCGAACCAAUCACACUACAUCAGUGAGCUCUCUGGAGGCACAGAUUUCCAGACUGAACACUAACGUGUCUGAGCUCCAGACGCUGCUGAGACACAAAGACGAGUCGUCCAGAUCCUACAGAGAGAGGACAGACUCGCAGAUUGCUGAUCUGGAGCAGAGACUGACAGACUCCGGCGAGAAGCUGAAGAGUGUGGAGCAGCAGUUGGCUGAGAGUGAAGCACAGAAAGAGAAACUGCAGGUGGAGUGGUUGGAGGAGAGGGAGAGGUUACAGCAGCAGGUGAGCACUCAGAGACAGAGAGGCCUGGAGAAAACCGCUAAAUUGGAGGAGGAGAUGCUGACGCUGCGGCGAGAGAGAGAGACGGAGAUCAGUGCUCACCGGGACCGCAUGCUGUUGCUGGAAGCAGAGAAGGACUCCCUGCUGAAGAGUAAGGCUGAGGUGGAGAGCACUGUGGAGAAACUCUCAGCAGAGCUUCAGCAGUCAAAAGCCGAGUUGAGUAGCAGACAGACGGUGAGCGUGGAGAUCGCUAAAGCUUUGGAGGAAACGAGAAAGCAGAGAGAGGAGCUCCAGCAGCAGGUUGCUGAGAUGUCAGAGUCUCUGCAGAGGGCGGAGCAGGACGUGCAUCGGCUCACAGAGCAGGUGGGCGUGAAAGAGGCGGAGCUCGGCAGUCUAAGAGAAGACUUGCAGACGGCCCGCUCCGGGCUCUCCUCGCUGCAGGCCGAGUAUGAGGCUCUGCGUUUGGAGGCGGAGCAAAAGGAGCAGGAGAGGAACUCCCAGAUCGAGUCACUGCAGCAGGAGCUCCUCACACACUUGCAGCAACAUGACUCCUGCCAGUCAAAGGUGUUUGAUUUGCAGAGUGAGGUGGAGAGUCUAACGGCCCAGCUGCAGGAUGCAGAGGUGUGCGUGAGUGAACAGAAUGGGGUCCUUGCUGUGGGUGACCUGGACCAGCUGCAGAAAGCUAACAAGGAGUUAGAGCAGCAACUUGGUGAGAAGAACAAGACUAUAAAACAGCUGCAGCAGAGACUGGCAGAACUGAAGAGGACCUUACAGAAAGAGCUGAAGCUGAAGCCGGAAACUGACUCCGACAGUAAGGAGAAGCUUCCAGAUGGACGGCAGGAGCGCCCGGCUGAAAAGCCCAGCUUAGAGACCCCAGUCCCAGCAGCCGCGCUCACUCCAGCCCCCAGCUCUACACACACCGCUGGCCCUGGACCAAUCACUUCACACACAAUGGUCACCAACAGCUCAGACCUGAUGGACACGCGGGAGAUCAACUUUAAGUACCUCAAACACGUGGUGCUCAAGUUCAUGUCCUCCAGAGAGGCUGAGGCGUACCAGCUGAUUAAAGCAGUCUCAGUGCUUCUGCAGUUCACACGAGAAGAAGAAGACAUGCUCAAGCAGACGCUGGAGUACAAGAUGUCGUGGUUUGGCUCCAAGCCCUCCCCCAAAGGCAUCAUCCGGCCGUCCAUCUCAGGCACCCCGAGCAGUUGGAGCUGAGGCAGAGCGAGCGAGACGUCUCACUGUAGGCUGGGAGGAACGCCUGGAGAAAAACUGGCUGAAGACCACGUUCUUGCUGCUCCUGGGCUCCAGCGAUUCCUUUUAAAGCUGAUCUUUCUCUUCUGUGGACUGGACAACAGCUUCUGUCUGGGUUCUUGAGCUUUUCAUGGCUGAUGGGUUCGUCUGUAAGGGACCAGCUUCAUGCAGUGGGGGAGUCAUGGAGCUGGAAAUGAACCCUGUGGGAUUGUUCAUCUCAGGAUUGUUCCUCGCCAUUUGGUCUAAACCCAGUUUGCCUGCUGCGCUUGUGGAGGUAGCUGGAAGUGAAGGUUGUGGUGCGAAUGGGCUGUCUGGUUACCACUGUCGCUCUCAGCUGGAGAAAAUACCGUUAAAUCAUUUUGUAAUAAGAAUAGAGCUUUUCUUCGCCGUAUUCGCGGAGAAUGGACUCAGAAGCUACAGUGUGUACACCACUUUGUACCAGAGUGCACGUGCAAACAAGAAGGCUUUUUUACACGGACCAUCGACGGAGAACUCGUUUCGGUGAAAUAUCAUUGCUAUAGACUCCCAUUUUAAAGCUGCAUCUUACCUUUACCUGCCUUGUGUAUGUGUAAAUGACGAUUAAGUACAUUCCAUACGUCUAUUUAUAUAUGAAACUGUAAAUACUGAAUGAAAGUUUAUAAAAUCAUACUUUUUCCUUU